CGGUAUUAUCGUAUAUGUAACUUGAUGCUGGUACCUGUCAAACAGUCUCCCGUUCUCCUCGGUGUUUUGUUUAAAUGCCGGCUGGCUUCAGACUUACAGGGUUAAAGACUCACCGCAGUCGUGUCCUGGCUUUCACCCGUGAACUAUAUUUAAACGUUAGAUUGCGUUUAAGGACUGAACACCGGCACAUAGCGUAUAACGUUUUGCUCUUCAGUCCCGUGCGAUUUAUUCUUCUCUGCAGCGGGCAUUGCAACGGACUGUUCCGUGCUGAAUGAAUUGAAUGUCGGACGUGGAUACACGCUGAUGGACCAGGAACAACAGGAGGAAUAGAAGCCUGCAUUAGCCUGAUAUAGUGCUGUACGCCAGCAUGACCUACAUUCCACAGAGCUUAAUGGACGCCACUUUAGGACAUCUCUGCUGUAUGGAUGCCUUAGACGUCCUGUUCAACCUUGUAACACAGCAAUAAGUGACCUUCAUUUUUAUUUGCUGCUGCAGAACUGUCCAUAACAAGACACUUCAAUGUGCUGAAAAAAAUGAGAAUCGUCCAUGCAAAAUAAGGGAACAGCAUAUGAAAAUCAUUGCAUGCUGGAUCUUUUGCUGACCUUUUUGUAGGGAUCCCGGGUCAAGAGGAAACUAUAAGGAACAAUUAACCAAGCAGAGGGGACUCUGGAUACUACACUUACGCUGCCAUUUUCUCUCAGUAUACUUCUGGUCUAUACACUAGCUCUGCUCUUUGGAUUAGCCUACAGCUCACAAGGCCCACAGUGGAGCCGGGUUCAAAGGUUCCAAGAAGAGCAGGGUUGAAAUGUCUUUUCAAGCUGGAGGAGCCUGCAACUGCCUUAUCCACUCAUAAGCAAGAUAUUGUAUGGUGAUCAGUAACUAUGCUGUGAUCAGCAAUAAAGUCAACAGCCAAGCAAUACAAACUGAAGUACUGUGCAGGAAAAGUCUGUUCAAAUAGACACUGUUUGCUGUCAGCAACAUAAACUGUUGCCAUUAUGCUACUGGACUGUGGUCAGUCGUUACCUCUUCUGAGGCAUACGGAUGUGCCGUCUCGGGUCAAAGAAAACUUCAUCCUGACUGGCUACCGCUUCCCAAACUAUAGCCUGAGGGAUUGCUUACUAUCAGCAUUCAGGCCCACCAAUGAAACCGGAAACUUUUGGACACACUUCCUCCCUGUUUUUAUUUUUUCAUACUAUUUUGUGGAGGUGUUUGGUUGGGAAGGUGCGCCUCAUGGCGAUGCCCCGUUCUUCUAUCCGUUGUGGAACUACUUUAUCGGGGUGUUCUGUCUGUUAAUGGCUAGCAGCAUGGCCCACUUGCUCAACUCAAUGUCCCUGGUGGUAAGAGAAGUCUGCUUCUUUGUGGAUUACGGCACUAUCAGUUCCUAUACAGUUGGCUCAUCGUUGGCAUACUACUACUAUAUCCACCCUCGGGCAGGGAUUGUGGAGACAGGAGGCAACAAUGGCUCCCAAAUGGACUUGAAACAGGAACCCACAGGAUCUUUUAUGUCAUCCUAUGCAAUCCCAGAUUUCUGUGUGUUCUUUGAGAACUUCUACAUCCCGUCCGCCUGUCUUGUAGCAAUCAUUUGCGUAUUAUCUUGUUGUAAUACUCGCCAGAGGUGGAGGCGGCAUCGAUACCUCAUCCGAACCCUUGUUUUCCUCCUCCCGUUCCUCAUCUCUUCCACGCCAGUCUUCUACCGACUCCUCACCAGAUCGCCUUAUUCAGCCACCUCCUCCUCCUUCGUGGCAUCAACCUCAACUGCCAACUUCUUCUAUCGCCACUGCCUCUGGCUACUGGUGUCAGCCGUCUUCAACAUCAGCAAGUUCCCCGAGCGGCUAGCCCCGGGUCGCUUCGAUAUCUGGGGGCACAGCCACCAGUGGUUCCACUGUUGCACGUUUUUGUCCAUCCUUGACGAGCUCCACAUGAUCAAGACUGAGGUGAAGGCAAUCCUGCUCAGUCCGACUCUGUUGCUUCCCCCUGCCACCCUUUCCCACCUACCUGGACCUACCAUAGCUUCCACCUACGGGGUGAUGCUCCUCCUGCAGACCACCAUCAUCUCCAUCAUCGUGUGGUUCUCCUGGCAUGCCAACUGCAUCGACGGACCCCAGAGUGACCAGCUAGCAAAGGAACACCCCAAGAAACACGUGAAAUGCCAUUGAUCUUGUUUUGUUUUUCUCAUCCCAACUGUAAAGGAAGAUUUGCACAUGCUUACGGAGCAGCGCAGAAGUAAAACAACAUUUCCCUCCUGAUUUCAAGUCCCUCAUAUAUUACAACCCCUUCGAGAGCGUUUUUCAAGCUUUAAUAAGCAGAAAUCGGGGACAAAGAGAGAUGAAAGGAUUAUAUUCUGAGCUCACCAUAGCGUGGCUGCUGGUUGAGUGGAUAUUGAAAGACCUUGCCAGUUCUUUCCCCUGACCUGCUCCAGAAUGUUCCAACAGGAUAUCUGAGCAGUGGCAAUAAUAACUACCUCUAGGGACUGUACACUUGAGGACACAGGAAAGGUGUUGUUACCCAGGAGAACAUGUUCCGUGUAACGUGUGGGUAAUGUGGUUUUAAAUGUCAUUUACAGAAGUUGCUGAUAUGUAGUCAAGUAGUUCCUCCUCAAGUGGUUCCUCCUCAAGUAGUUCCUCCUGUUGCACUUCCACUUCCCCCUGACCUUUAAAAAGUUGAACAUAUGGUUCUACAAUGUAUAAGGUUUUUCUGGCCUUUGUAAACCACACCUUCUCUUCCUCUGACUUCCGUGAACGCUAACACGCAGUCUUAUUUCCUCUCUUUCCAAGUGACCCUUGCAGCAGGAAGUGCUGUGGCCUUGACGACGCAACAGAAAUAACUGAGAGUUUAUAUAAAUCAGAAAAAAAGCACUUUUAAGGUGCGGUCAUACUCGCCCUGUCAUUAAGAAGCCAUGCUCGCUUUUCAACCUAAAGGGCGUUACUUUAAUUACUGAAGCAUAUAAUGAUGUCCUGCGGACGUGUUCUGUUGGUUUAUUUAGACGUGUAAUUUUUUGCAUAGCGCAGUGACAUAUAUGUAUGGUUUCAUUACAUUUAUGACUAGUUCCCUAUAGAUUAUGUUCGCAUUUCUUAAAGUAAUCUAGUUCGGAUUAAAUGUCAUGUAAAUCUGCUUGGUGAACUUUGGGGAAAUUGAAACCAGAGCAGCAACCUCUCUGAGCAGAAGCCAAACUGAGGAAAGGAUAGUUGAACUAAUGACAAUAUUGUACUGUUGUACUACAUCAUCAGGAACUUCCUGGUUAGAUUUGCACUUGACAGAUAGAUUAGGCUACUAGUUCACGUAGUAGUUUGCAGCUUUUAUUUAUUAUCAUAACAUUCAAGUCACAGAGCUAAGCGUCUGUAUGUCUAAAGAAAAUACUGUAUAUACCUGGCAAUAAAAAAACAAACACAAGAGGGUCAUUUAACAGCAUUUACCGGUGUUCUGAAGGUACUUCCUUAAUCCUCCAUGACUCCUGUACACUAAUGCCCCCCCCCCAAAAAAAAAUUAGAUUUUUAAUCUUGCGCACAUAAAAUAAAGUAUAUAUAAUCUUUCGGCAUUUCUGGGGCUACGUAAUCUACUAUAAUAAUUACACUAUUUUGUCCGAAGUUGCACAAUUAUUUCUUAAUCCAGACAAAGAUGAUAAUAUCUAAUUAUGCAAUCCAAAAUGUAUCAAUGUUAUUUUUUAUUAUUUCAUUGCUCCAUACAAAAAUAUAUUUGUUCUUGUGGUGUACAGAAUAGGUAAAGGGGUUACAUUUUGUUUUAUCAUGCACCGGAUGGAAUAUUAUUUCAUCUCGAUGGACAGAAAAGUGAUUGAAGAAUCUGUAAAUAUCUUCAGAACAACAUUAAAUGUUGUUAAGGACCUUCUGGGUUUUCAAAGAUGUUGGGGUAUUUAUCAUUUGGACGAACAAUGGAUGUUUUGCAACAUCUCCAGAGAAAUUACUCUCUCUAUAUUCAACUUUCCACUGCAUGAAGCAUGUCAGCAGGUGCUGUAGGAUCAUAUCCCACCUGCACAAAUGUUCACUACACCCUUUUUGAAAUACCCAUGUAGACUUCUGCUUUCCUGUCUUUAAAUUACAUUUUUUUAAAUAGAAUUCUGCUACCCAAGCGGGCUCGGUUUUGGUGCUUAAAGCUUGGGAUGUAGCUAUGUUUGGGUUUUGUCGUUUUAAAUCCAAUUUAUUAAGAAAUUAUUUUUCUCUCUGUGUCUGUGCCAAUUAUCCAUGUUUGUCAUGUGUUUCAAGUAGAGGCACGGUGUCCAGAGAGAAGGGGAGAUGCUAGCGGUCAGUAACGAAAUAAAGCUUUUAGGCCUGUGCAGAACCUUUUCUAAUGUUCUAAUGUUUCUAAUCCAAAACAACAUGUCUAACACAUACUUAUGUCAAUGAUAGGUAUUACAAUUAGUUAAGUCUGACAAAAAAACUUGUUCUGCUGGCUGAUUGUUUUUGGCAUUUACAUUUCUGCUGAGUCACAUGUCACAUGCAAUUUCGAUUUUAUUCCGGCUACAUGGCUUCAACAGAAAUCGCAACAAUUCAAUGUAGUGGGCUCAAGACACUGCGUUGUACCCGAGCAUGACCUGAGCACGAGGGGAAAAGAAAAAAGGAUUUUAAUAGAGAAUUAUGAAAAUCAAUUCCUCACUUAAUUUGCACACUGAAAAUGGACCAUGACCAUCAGUGAUGAAGAAUAAUGUGUGUUUUUAUGUUCUUCUGUCAUGUCGUCAGUGAGUUUGUCCAGUCGAGCGGUCUUCCCUCCGAGUGAAUUACAUAUCUUACUUGCAUGUUACAUUUACAUGUUGAUAACUUAUGUUUCCAAUAUUACCAUUACCAUUGUAUUAGUUUCACUCAUAUCUGCACAUUUACUUCCGUUUCGAUGUGUUCACUUGCACAAGAGAAAAUGUUUAAAGAUGGACUUGUUAAUUAUUUACGACACUGGAAGUGAGUACAUAAGGACUACGUUGAGCCGCUGUGAUAUUCAUCAUGUUAUGGUGCACUUUAAAGCUUCUUUAAAGCUUCUCAAAAUGUUCCUUUUGAGGAUCAACCCUUGCAGUACUGUAUUAUUUCAGCACAUUUCAGGUUUGAAUUGUUCUUUGGAAUGAAUUGUCAAGAGAAUCUUUUGGUAAUGAUGCAUCCAAUGUUAAAGCGAUGUUUCUACCUCGAUAGAGCAUGUGUGUCACUGUGGCAUUGAGAAGAAAAUCAUCGUUCGUUAAGUAGACUUGAAUCUAUCAGUGCUAACGUUCAGUGUGAGACUUACACACAACUGUAUCUUACCCCGUCGAGUCCUCAGGGGUGACUGAGGAACGACGCUAACACAUUAUUUACACAUGCAUUUAAAUCAUGAAUUAAUAGGGGUGGAGGAUAAUUAUAGAAUCUGUUAAUGCUGAAAAAGUGAAAUCACACCUCCAUUAUGUUAAUUGGUGUAUGAAAUAGCACUAAUAUGGAUGAUUUUAUUGAAUAAAUUAUGCUGAGAAUUGUUA